AUGUCGAGAAUACUCCACAAUCGGAUGAGAUCAUCCUUGAAGCGCUCCAACUGGUCAUGCGUAGAUAAGCGAGCAGUCGCAUUCUCAGUAUGGACGGGUCGCAGCAUGCUGCUCCGGCGGCCUGUAGACACGAGCCUCGUGCAGCGGCGGCGGUACGGCAUGCUGGUGGCUCGGGCGGUGCGCGGGCUGCUGAAGAUCAGAUAUCUGGUGCUCGGCGGCGCUGUGGGGGGUGGCAUGACACUGAAUAAGAAAUAUGUGGAAUGGAAAGAUGGCUUGCCGGACAUGGGCUGGUUGAAUGACCUCCUGCCCGACAAUGACCAGUGGGACCGAUUCACCACCACCCUCAUCUCUGCACGGGAGAAAAUUGGAGACAAUUUGCAGAUUGGUGGUCUGAGGUUGUCGCUGACCGCAGAUCCCCGGCUGGCGGAAGCCGGCGCGGCGCGCGCGCGGGAGCUCCGUGUGUGGCUGGAGCGGAGGUAUGAAGAUGCGGUCGCUGCGGCCGCCGCGACUGAGGGGCAGAGUAGUCAGAUUGAGCCAGCCCCGAAGCUAGUGAACAAUCUGCAGAGCCGCCCCGCCGCCCCCACCGCCGCCGCUUCUGCUAAGGAGGAGACUAGUGCUAUGUAUGAGAAGCGCAUCCACGUGCUACAAGACGAGGUCCUGUCCCUCCAAGCUCGCUACCAGCGCGAGCUGCAGCGGCUGGAGCAGGAGAACCGGGAGCUGCGCCAGCAGAACAUGCUGCUGAAGCAGGGCCGGCAGCCCAGUGCUAGGAAGAUGAAGCGGUCGCUAAUCGACAUGUACUCCUCUGUCCUCGACUCCCUAACCACCUGGGACGGCGGCGCGGACCGCCUGCCGCGCGUGGUCGUGGUCGGCGACCAGUCCGCCGGCAAGACGUCCGUGCUGGAGAUGAUAGCGCGAGCCAGGAUCUUCCCGAGGGGGCAGGGACAGAUGUGUACUAGGGCUCCAGUGAAGGUGACGCUGUCCGAGGGUCCGUACCACGUGGCGCAGUUCCACGACUCGUCCAGGGAGUUUGAUUUAAACAAGGAGGCGGAUCUUGUUGAGUUGAGGAAAGAAAUCGAGCUGCGCAUGCGCAACUCGGUGCGCGGCGGGCGCACGGUGUCGCACUCCGUCAUCUCGCUGUCGGUGAAAGGGCCCGGUAUACAACGCAUGGUGCUGGUGGACUUGCCCGGGGUUAUUUCUACACAAACAGUGGACAUGGCGUCAGACACUCGUGACUCCAUCAUACAGAUGUCGAAGCAGUACAUGGAGAACCCCAACGCCAUCAUACUGUGUAUACAGGACGGCUCAGUGGACGCGGAGCGCAGCAACGUGACGGACCUGGUGGCGCAGUGCGACCCGGCCGGGAAGCGAACCAUCUUCGUGCUCACCAAGGUGGACCUGGCCGAGGAGAACCUGCACGAUCCUAAUAGGAUCCGCCGCAUCCUCGAAGGCAAGCUCUUCCCCAUGAAGGCUCUAGGCUACUACGCCGUAGUGACCGGCCGCAGCAAGCGAGACGACAACAUACAGAGCAUACACGAGUACGAGCAGAGGUUCUUCCGCUCCAGCGGCAUGUUCAAGGACGGCCUCAUAGCCCCGUCUCAGCUGACGACACAGAACCUGUCUCUAGCUGUAUCCGACUGCUUCUGGAAAAUGGUGCGAGCGACGGUGGAACAACAGGCCGACUCGUUCAAGGCAAUGAGGUUUAAUCUGGAAACUGAGUGGAAGAAUACUUUUCCGAGACUGCGCGAGCUAGACCGCGACGAGCUAUUCGAGCGAGCGCGCGCCGAACUACUCGACCAAUCCGCGUCGCUCACGGGCGUGUCCGCCGGCCAAUGGGAGAAGCGCUUGCACGCCGCGCUGUGGGAGCAGGCCAAUCAGCGGGUGUUGCGGGAUGUUUACCUGCCGAGUGCGGCCAAUGCGGGGGAGGAGGAUCAAGACAAAUUCAACACACUAGUCGACAUAAAGCUCCGCGAAUGGGCUGAGAACGACCUGCCCACAGAAUCCAUCAAAGCCGGCAGCGCAGCCCUAAGAGAAGAGUUUAAGGCUCUAAUGAACGAGAGUGCUGAAGAUACUGACCCGAUAUAUGAGCCGGUGAAAGCGGCGGCAGUGGAGGAGGCCUUGAGGAGGCAUGAGUGGGAGGAUCGCGCUAAGGAUGUCCUCCGAGUCCUCCAACUAAACGCCCUGCAAGACCGCUGCGUGUCCUCGCGGCAGCAGUGGGACGCCGCCGUGGCUCUGAUGACGAGCAGUCUGCAGGCCAACCUGAACGAGACUGACCAUCAGCUGAAGGAACUUACAGGUCCAGGCUUCAAGGACCGCUGGCUGUACUGGAAGUCUUCCUCCGAGGAGCAGAACAGACGAGCUGAAGUGAAGAAUGAGUUGGAACGACUCGGCACAACCAGGCCUAACCUUACUUAUGAUGAGGUUGUGGCAGUGAGAGAUAACUUGAGGCGUAGAAGCAUCGAGGUGGACAACGAUUACAUACGUGAGACGUACAAGCCUGUUUACUUAAAGAAUUUCCUGCAAAGAGCGAUGACCCGAGCGAGAGAUUGCAAAAAGAGCUUCUACAUGUACAGUCAACAAAACGGCACAGUGAAGGAGUGCUGUGAAGUGGUAAUGUUCUGGCGAGUGCAACAGACACUGAGUACAACAGCCAACGCGUUGAGACAGCAAAUAGGGAACAGGGAGGCAGCGAGGCUAGAUAGAGAGCUGAGAGAGGUUUUGGACGAGAUGGCGGCGGAUCCGGAACUGAAGCAGAAGCUGUUGUCAGGCCGACGAGUCGAGCUGGCCGAGGAACUGAAGAAAGUGCGGCAAGUCCAAGAGAAGCUAGAAGAGUUCAUAGAACAGCUGAGUAAAGAGAAAUAGUCACGUCAUAGGCGCUAGUUGUACAUUGUAGGGUAUAUUUAUUCAUUAACCCUUUAUAAGACGGAAUAGGUUCAAAUAUUUAAUUGGUUUUGGACCGUAACUCGAUGUCAUUAAAUUCAAAAUAUGAUAGUCACAUUAUAGUUCCCAAAGCCUAAUAAAGGGUUAAACUAACUAAAAUAAGCCUUGGCAGGAAUAUGGAGGAUACUUUUGGGAAUAAAGAACGAUUUUGACCUGUUAUGUACUGUCCAACUAAUGUAAUGUACUAUUUUAUUUAUCAAACUGAUAGAAGUUCUGAAGUAAAAAGAUAAAUAAAUACAUACCUUAUUUUUAUUAUGGAAAAUGAGAUUUACGCAGGCGUAAUGUCGAAUUUAGAAAAAAAUACAGAAUUUCCACCACUAUGUAUUUAUGUAGGAUAUAAAUGAUUUCCAAAGAUACUUAUUAUUUACCUACAUAGACACUAAAAAUACUAAAAUAGGGAUAACCAUUUCGCGAUAGGAUAGGACACAUAUUCUGAAGAUUAUUAUUGUAUAUUUUUGUAAAUAUUCAGUAUAUUUGCAAGUUAUGCCUACAUUUCGUUGCAAGAUGUAGUUUUUAAGAUAGUUAAAUGUUUUUUUGUGAAGUUAACCAUUGAUAUUGUAGCUUCAAAAGUAUUGUUGGUUAUAUAUUGUAAGGAAUACUAGUAACUUCAUAAAUUACAGUGAGAAUAUAUGGCACUUGUGUGUAAGAUAACUGUUAUCUUAAUUAA